UGUGAUAGGAAACGCAUUCGAAAUCGUAAAACAGGACAAUCCAAACGGAUGUCAUCUUUACAAUUAGCUAAAAAUAAUAGUCCUCAGAAAACUCAGACUAACGUCGAUUGUACUAAAAAGGAGGGAAUCUAUUCAGAUGUGCCUUCCAAAUGAAACGCAGCAUGUGCAAUCAUAUAGUUAUAUCGCUGCUGAUAACAUUAAAGAAUUAAAUUUAGUGGAAAAACAAACUACUGUUUCAGACGGCUCAAAUGCUCUUGAACUAUCAUUUCCAUUUACUGCCCGUCAGAAUAUUUAUAGACCUCUAUGCUCCAACGAAUCUCCCAUGUCGAUUAAUGCCGAGGAGCUACAAGAUCAAUAUGAGCGCGGAACCAUUAUAAUUCGAACAUCUGGCGACACUUUAUGUCUAAAUGACAUUUUCAUCAACAAAUUCAACAACAUAAAUAUGAUUUAUUCUCAAGAUGAGAUUCCAACGCUCAGUGAAAAUGUUAUUAUAUCAUCACAUAUGUCAGCUGUACGGGAUGUAAACAAAGAUUCGAUGAUAACUCCUGCGAUUUCUCUCCCAGAGAUUUCUAAUGCACUGCCCACUAAUUGUGAUUAUUCAAGCUUUCGGUCUUAUAUAAAUGGCGAGGAUGACUCUUUUAAUUAUAUUCAUUCCACUGAGCUGAAUCGCAACGAGGAUAUCUUAAGUAAUUUGCUUGACUUGUGUGUUCGCGACUUUUAAAGUGGUAGUCAUAAAUGUAAACUUUACUAUUAUAUACUUAAAUUAAAGUCUGGAUGAUAUUUUAGACCGCUUUACAUGUAAACUGUAUAUGUUAAUAAAAAUACGAGAAUAAAUCAUUUCUAACUUCGACAGAAGAGACACCGUUUAAUUCAUGUUCAUC